GGUCUUCAUUCACCUUCAUCAUGAGGGGAAUCAUACUAGCGCUAGCGUUCACCCUUGUGGGGAGUGAAAAGUAUGACCCUGAGCCUGAUUUUAGUAGCAACAAGAUCUACUUGUACAACUAUGAGGGCCUUACCCUGAAUGGACUGCCAGAACCUGGUUUGGCAAGAGCUGGGCUGAGACUGUCCUGUAAAUUAGAGAUCAGCGUAUUGUCACAGAGGAAGCACCUCCUCAAGAUCCGAUCUCCACAGCUGGAGGAAUACAAUGGGAUCUGGCCCAGAGAUCCAUUCAUUCGAGCUUCCAAACUCACUCAGACGAUCGCUUCGUAUCUCACCAAACCCUUUACGUUUGAAUACAGCAAUGGGCGGGUUGGAAACAUUUAUGCCCCAGAAGAUACCCCCAUCACGUGCAUUAACCUACUGAGAGGAAUGCUGAACAUGUUGCAGAUAACUAUGAAAAAGUCACAGAAUGCAUAUGAAUUGCAAGAGGCUGGGAUUGGAGGCGUCUGCCUUACAAGGUAUGUUAUCCAGGACGACAGGAGGAAUAACCGUGUCUCUGUUACCAAAACCAAAGACCUCAACAACUGCCAGGAUAAAGUGGUGAAGGAUAUUGGAAUGACUUUCAUCCGCCCUUGUCCUUCUUGCCCAUUGAAAGAAAAGGUUGUAAAAGGAACUGCUGCAUUCACCUACAAAUUGAAAUAUGCAGAUUCUGGUACCCUGAUCACAGAAGCUGUGUCCCAGCAAGUCUAUCAGAUCUCCCCUUUCAAUGAACCCACUGGUGUUGCUGUCACGGAGGCAAGACAAGAACUUACCUUGGUUGAAGUGAAAAAUGAACGUGUGAGCCCUCCAGAAAUUCAGCUGCAGAACUGUGGAGGCCUGCCUUAUCAUUUCUCACCACUACUGCUCCAGAUGCCAAUUCAGCUAAUCAAGACGAAAAACCCUGAGCAACGGAUCGUGGAAACAUUGCAACAAGUAAUCCAGGACAACCAGCAAGAGCUCCAUGGGGAUGCUCCAUACAAAUUCUUAGAGCUUAUCCAACUGUGUCGGGUAGCAAGUCCUGAUACCUUGGAGUCUGUCUUUAAGCAAUUUUCAGAUAAAUUUCAUCACAGGAUUUGGCUGCUGAGUGGAAUUACUAUGGCAGGCACCAUUGAUUCACUGAAGUUCCUUAAGCUGAGAAUUCGCAAUGAUGACUUUAAGUACAUUGAGGCACUUCUGACUGUUUCUGUUGCCCUCCAUUUAACAAAAGCGGAUGGUCAUACUAUUACAGUAGCAGCAGAUCUAGUGACCAGCUCCCGACUUGAGAGAAUUCCCAUGCUUCGCCAGAUUGCUUAUUUGGGAUAUGCUUCCAUGGUAAACAGAUACUGUUCUCUGGCUUCAUCUUGCCCUAAUGAAGCUCUUCAGCCCCUCCAUGACCUUGCAGCCGAGGCAGCCAGCAAGGGCAAUGAAGAUGACAUUGUAUUAGCUCUGAAAGCCAUUGGCAAUGCAGGAGAACCAGCCAGUAUCAAGCGCAUCCUGAAGUUCUUACCAAUGUUUUCAUCUGGUGCUUCUAAUUUCCCAGUCCAUAUUCAGGUCGAAGCUGUGAUGGCCUUGAGGCAGAUAGGCUUGAAGGACUCCAGAAAGGUGCAGGACAUUCUUCUCCAGAUCUUUGUGGAUCAUUCACUUCCUCCUGAAGUCCGAAUGAUGGCUUGCGUUGUCAUAUUUGAAACUGGGCCUGCACUUCCUCUGGUAAUAACUAUGGCUAACGUGAUACUGAAAGAGACCAAUAUGCAAGUUGCCAGUUUUGUAUAUUCCCACAUGAAAGCUUUGUCAAGAAUUGGAUUCCCACGCUUCUAUAAUGUAUCUGCUGCUUGCAACAUUGCCAUUAAACUGCUGAGCCCCAGACUUGACAGACAGAGCUAUCGUUACAGUAAAGUUAUUCAUCUUGGUGGUUACUACAGUCGCUAUCAGGCUGGUGCAUUUGGAAAGAUCUUCCUUAUGAACAGUCCAAGAACAUUGUUCCCAUCAGCUUUAAUUUCCAGUUUGAUUGUAAACUAUGCAGGUGCAUCUACUAGUUUGCUAGAGGUUGGUGUCCGUGCAGAAGGUCUUACGGAUAUUAUAAGGAAACAAAACAUCCCAUUUGCAGAAUAUUCCACAUACAGAAAGAUAAAGGAGAUUGGGAAAACACUGCUGGGAUGGAGGGAGUUGCCUUCAGAAAACCCUGUGUUAUCAGCUUACUUCAAACUAUUAGGCCAAGAGCUGACCUUUGCUGACAUCAACAAGGAUCUCAUUCAGCAGGCUAUGAAGCUUGUGACUGGACCAGCAGACAGACACACAUGGCUGAAGAGAGUGAUCCAUCAAAUCCAAAAUGGCAUUGCAGGACGAUGGGUUCAGCCAUUAUAUUCAGGAGAAUUUCGGCACAUCGUCCCUAUCACUGUUGGUUGGCCAUUGGAAUACAGUUUAUAUACUACUGCUCUGGCACAUGCAACGGCCCGUGUUGAUGUAAAGCUGUCCCCUCCUAUAUCUGGUGAUUUUAGACCUUCACAGUUGUAUGAAUCCAACUUGCAACUUCGUGCUGACAUCAGCCCAAGUAUCUACUUUAACACAGUGGCAAUGAUGGGAAUCAACACAGAAUACUUUCAGUCUUCUAUUGAAAUUCACUCCAAACUCCGUGUACAAGCUCCAUUGAAAUUUGAUGCCAAGAUAGACAUGAAGGAAAAAAGUUUUAAGUUUGGAACAACCCCAUGCCAACAGGAGACUGAGAUAGCGAUGGGAAGGCAUAAGGCUUUUGCUGUAUCAAGAAAUAUAGGGGAACCAGGCACAGUGAAGAAGAUUCCAGUACUCCCAGAAGGUACUGGAUCAAAUAUUCUGAAGGAGCAUUUCAAAUCAUCUGAAAGAACUUCGAGAGAAGGUGCCGUGACGCAAAGAGAGGCUUCUGACAUCCUACCUAAGAAAUAUUCCUAUGGUCCUGAGCAGGAACUUCACCACAGUGCAGAAGGAAAAACAUAUACUCAAGCCAUUUGUGUCAAAGUGACUCGUUUUGGUUGUCAGGCCUGUUUUUACAGGAGAUCACGAGAUGCCUCUGUUUUAAAAAAUACAUAUUUUCACCGAUUAAUUGGAGAACAUGAAGCUAAAAUAGUUUUGAAACCAGCCCCUACAGAUGCAGCUAUAGACAAAAUACAGCUGGAGAUUCAGGCAGGAUCUAGAGCAGCUUUCAAAAUAAUCCAAGUGGUAACCCUAGAGUCCGAGGAAGAAGAUGAUUCAUCUCCAGAUGACGUGGUUCAAAUGAAACUGAAGAAGAUCCUAGGAAUUGAAAAUGUGUUUAAGGUUGCAAAUAGAACUCAGCGGUACAAGAAAGGAAAGACCCAGAUGACAGAGUUCCGGGUAGAGCCCAAUGCUAAAUAUCCAUCUAGUUCAUCUUCUUCAUCCGCCGACACUUCCUCCUCUUCUUCUUCCUCCUCUUCUUCCUCCCCUUCUGGUAAGAAGGUCAAAAAUCAAGAUCCGAAAGACGAAACAUUACAACCUAGAAACAGAGAUGAGAGCAGCAGCAAAAGCAGGUUCUUCUAUGUAAGGCUCUUCAACUUUCUACUUUUAUCAUUUUCAAAGAGAACUCCAGAGAUCUAUCAGUAUCGCUUCAAGUCAGCACAUACACAGGAGUCUAAAUUUUUGGGAGACAGUAAAGCACCAGAUCUGGCUGUUAUUCUUCGUGCUCUUCGAAAUGACAGAAAGCUGGCAGGCUUCCAGUUCGUGCUAUAUACAGAUUUAUACUCCACCAGACCCAGGAUACAAGUGUUUGUGUCAAACAUCACAGGAUCAAGCAGAUGGAAAAUCUGUGCUGAUGCUUCAAUCAUUAAUGCUCACAAGGCAACGGGUUAUCUGAAAUGGGGCCAGGAUUGCCAGGACUACAGGAUUUCUUCAGAGUUUGUAACUGGCCGGUUUGCUGAUCACCCAGCCAUUCAAGUGAAACUGGAGUGGCCUAAAGUUCCUUCAAGAGUCAAAUCAGUUGCCAGCUGGUUUUACACUUUCAUCCCAGGAGCUGCCUAUAUACUAGGCUACUCUGAAAUACAGCAAAAAAAUCCUUCUCAACAGGCCAAGUUGAUUGUGGCUCUAACUUCUCCAAGGACUUGUGAUUUUGUCGCCAAACUGCCUGAGCUGACCAUUUAUAACAGAGCCGUCUGGCUUCCGUUAUCAUUGCCUGUAGGGCCAUCUCUACCAGCCUCAGCACUGCAGCCCCCGAUCUGGAAUUUCUUUUCUGAAGCACCAUCCGCAGUCCUGGAGCAUCUUAAAGCUCGUUGCUCAGUUUCCCAAGACAAGAUCACAACCUUCAAUGAGGUACAGUUUAACUACUCACUGCCCACAAACUGCUACCACAUCUUGGCCCAGGAUUGUAGCCCAGAACUGAAGUUCCUGGUAAUGAUGAAGAAUGCGGAAGAAUCUGCUGACCUUAAAGCAAUUAAUAUCAAGCUUGGCAGUCAUGAAAUUGACAUGUAUCCGGCAAAUGGACUUCUUAACCUCAUGGUCAAUGGUGUUGAAACCCCAGUGGAGAAUAUCACAUAUACUUCUGACUUUGAUGCUUCUCUGAUGAUCAGCAAUGAGAAGAAAGGUCUAUCACUUGUGGCUCCUGACUAUGGCAUUGAUAAACUAUAUUUUGAUGGACGUACAUUCAAGGUUCAAGUUGCUUUCUGGAUGGCGGGGAAAACAUGUGGCAUUUGUGGAAAAUAUGAUGCUGAAAAUAAACAGGAAUUUCAGAUGCCCAGUGGAUAUGUAGCUAAAAAUGCAGUGAGCUUUGGGCAGUCUUGGAUUCUGUCAGAAAAGCCUUGUGCUGGCGCCUGUAAAUUGCAGCGCUCACUUGUGAAACUUGAGAAAACAAUUCGGCUUGAGGGCGAAGACUCAAAAUGCUACCCUGUUGAGCCUGUGCUGCGCUGCAUGAAAGGAUGUUCAGCAACUCAGACCACCCCAGUUUCUGUUGGCUUCCAUUGUCUGCCAGCUGAUUCAGCUGCCAGCUUAGUUGAGGGACAGAUGAAGCUUGACCAGAAGUCAGAGGAUAUACAGGACACAGUUGAAGCCCACACAGCAUGUUCAUGUGAGGAACUACAGUGCAUUGCAUGAGGCUACAGUUCAGCAGAUUAGAAACUUGGAGCAUUAUUUUUAUACUGUGAUGCCAGAAAAUUCCUCCCAGGCAAUCACAGAUAUGUUAAUUUAAGUGUUUAAAGUCCUACUGAAUCUUCUUAGAGAAAACUGAUCUUUCAAGGAAAUGUUAAACUUUAUCGCUGUAGAAACAAUACUGACUAUUCAUACAUAUGUGAUUUCCUAAUA